AACGUCCUGAAAAGCAACACAGAACGCCCCAUUCAACUCCAUCCUCGCUCGAACCCAUCCCGUCAAUACAAUCGCCGUCAUGAAUGCUGGGGAACUGCUCGCCAAUACCCUAUCCGCCGACCACAAUACGCGUGAAGAUGCUACACGCAAGCUGGAGAGCGCAGCACAAGAAAACUACCCCGCGUACAUGCUCAUGCUCUCGGCGGAGCUCGUCAAUGAAGCUUCGUCGCAUUUUGUGAGGAAUGCCGCAGGGCUGGCUUUGAAGAACGCUCUGAGUGCCAGGGAGAGUACACGGCAGACCGACUUUUCGAAUCGCUGGCUAGCUCUGGACUCGGAUACGAGGGCUAAGAUCAAGCAAGAUGUCUUGAUGACUCUGCAUUCCCCUGUUCAAAAGGCCGGCGGUGUUGCCGCCCAAUGCGUUGCCGCCAUCGCGACUGUGGAGCUGCCACAAGGGCAAUGGCCAGAGCUAAUUGAGAUCUUGCUCGGCUUUGUGAACAAUGCUGCUAACACGCCUUUGAGGAUCGCCACGCUCAAUUCCAUCGGGUACAUCUGCGAAUCAAUAGACCCUGAUAUCUUGAGUGUCCGUGCCAACGAGAUCUUGACUGCUGUGGUCCAUGGGGCGAGAAAAGAGGAGCCUUCGCCCGAGGUACAGUUGGCGGCCACCCAGGCGCUGUUCAACUCUUUGGUCUUCAUUCGUGAAAACUUUGAGCGCGAGGGCGAGCGUAACUAUAUCAUGCAAGUUGUCUGUGAGGCAACACAAAAUCCAUCGGUUCAGGUCCAGGCCUCCGCUUUCGAGUGCUUGGUACGCAUCAUGUCAUUGUACUAUCACAAGAUGGCAUUCUACAUGGAACGGGCUCUAUUCGGGCUUACAGUCAUGGGCAUGAAAUCUACUGAAGAGGCCGUCGCCUUGCAGGCGAUUGAGUUCUGGACCUCUGUGGCAGAGGAUGAGGCCACAAUGGAGUCUGACUACCAAGACUCGCAAGAGGGCUUGAUUGAUGGUGAGGUUGAGGAGCCGAAGUACUUUGCCAAGAUUGCGCUCCCAGAGAUCAUCCCAGUUCUCUUGAUGCUACUCACUCGUCAGGAUGAAGACGCCGAUGAAGAUGAGUGGAACGUGGCCAUGGCUGCCGGCACCUGUAUCAAUUUCCUCGCACAAGCCGUCCACGACAACAUUGUGCCGGCCGUGAUCCCAUUCAUCGAGGGGAACAUCAAGUCACCAGACUGGCGCCAGCGGGAGGCUGCAGUCAUGGCUUUCGGGUCCAUCCUUGUGGGCCCUGAUCCCUCCGGCCUCACGCCUCUGGUCAACCAGGCGCUUCCCAUUCUCAUCGACAUGAUGAACGAUAGCAACCUCCAUGUGAAAGAUACGACCGCCUGGACACUCGGCCGGAUCUGCGAGUCGCUCAUGUCUGUGAUCAAGCCCGAGGUGCACCUCCACCCACUUAUAUCGGCGCUCGUCAACGGUCUGCAAGACAGCCCCCGGAUCAUCGCCAACUCCUGCUGGGCGCUCAUGAAUUUGGCGGAUGGUGUUUAUGAACUGUACGAUAGCGACAACAUCACAGGUAGUCCCCUGUCGCCGUACUUUGAGGGCAUUGUGUCGGCGCUUCUGCGCGUCACUGAGACGGCCAGCAAUGAGUCAAACUUCCGCACAUCCGCAUACGAAGCCAUCACUUCCUUCGUCCAGCAGGCGACUCCCGAUGUCAUUCCUGUUAUCCAGAACACUGUCGUCACGAUCUUGCAGAGGAUGGAACACCUCUUGAACAUGCAGAACCAGAUUCUCGGCAUGGACGACCGUAACAACUGGAAUGAUCUUCAAAGCAACCUCUGCAGUGUUACUGUCAGCGUAAUCCGCAAACUGAACGACGGGAUCCAACCGCUGGCAGACCGCAUCAUGACGCUCAUUCUACAGCUCAUCCAGUCUGCUGGAAAGGCAUCGACGAUCUUGGAGGAUGCUUUCCUCGUUGUCGGCUCACUAGCAGCAGCUAUCGAGCAACAGUUCUCUCCUUAUAGCCAAGCCUUCCUCCCGUAUCUCUAUCCCGCGCUCAAGGCGUACGAGGAUACGCAGCUGUGCACGGUUGCCGUUGGCAUCAUUGGUGACAUUACCCGUGCGCUCGGAGACGAGAGCGCGCAGUACGCUGACGCGUUCGUAACCGUAUUACUGGAAAACCUGUCGAGCGAGGUCCUCAACCGCAAUGUGAAGAUAUCAAUACUGGCUUGCUUCGGCGACAUCGCGCUCGCCAUCGGACCGAAGUUUGAGCCUUACCUUGAUACGGCCAUGACAGUGCUUAGACAGGCUGCCGCACUGCAGGCGAACCCACUCGACUUUGAUUCCAUCGAUUACAUUGCCAACUUGCGUGAAGGCAUCCUCGAGGCGCACACGGGCAUUAUCACUGGCCUCAAAAACACAGACAAAGUCGGGCUGUUGCUGCCACACACACGACACAUCCUCGAGCUGGUGCAGACCGUGCUUGCAGACAGCGAGACGGGUGAGGCGCUGGAGAAGCUUGCGUUUGGCGUGAUCGGCGACAUUGCAGACGCGUUCCCGAACGGCGAGGCGAAGGAGUUCUUACUCGUCGACUGGCUUGGGGCAGCGCUCAGCACCAAGGGCCGGUACACGCCCGAGACGAAGAAGACGAUCCGGUGGGCGCGUGAGAUGGUCAAGCGCGCGACUGCAUAAACAAAGCAUAUUUCCAUGUCCUGUUCGUGCUUCUUGAAUGUGUUUGCUUCUGUUCCUUUCUUCUCCGCUUCUGUUUCCACUGUUGUCUUCCAUCUUUCUCUUUUCGCCUUUUCUUUUUGAGUUCAUUUCGUCUUCCCAUGGCCAUUUUGAUGUCUUUUAUGACCCGUCGCGUGCAUGCAAUUCUUUUUUUAUAUCUCUCAUCACAUCGCCAUCUGAAGGAGGCACACCACCGCAUCGCGAUCUGCAUGUCAUAAUAGUAUAAGUAGUAGUCGUAGUAUCCGUAGCCAACAUGUUGCAGGGCGUAGCCUGCAGGAAGUAGUCCGAUAGACGGGGUCGUAUACGGGACGUGGUGUUCAUGUAGACAGCAGACACUGGAGAGUUAUUUGGGUCAUUUUCGUUUGAUAGUAGUACUAGUGUUUGACCCUGUCAUGCAUGCCCAUAUUCUGAUUCUCAUAUGUUUUUACCGAUCCCACAUGAAUGCUUUGUUUUCACUAUUCGCUUCCAUUUCAUUCUGUCUUCUGCUCGAUGCAGUUGGCCUCUUCAAGCUUCACGCUUCACGGUCAGCUCAACUUUCUUUUGAGAGGGCCGACGUCUGUGUUGUUCAUUAGCAUAUUAUCGGUUGCAGUGUUCCGUUGGUCGUGGAGGACUCAUGUAGCUAUAUCCUGUGCUCUGUAUUUCUUUGUUUC